GCUUUCGCCUAGCUGCAAGCAUAGAUAAGAGUGUAUAGCUGCAAGUUUCGGUCCGUUCAACAGUCCACGUUGUCAUUUAAUACAACUGCUCGUUGCUCCGCGUUCUAAAACCAAUUAAAUAAACAGAUAAUAUUUUGAGCUUCCGCCGAAGUUUAUUCUGAAACUAAAAUGAGCGUGAUACGGUCCGGUGUUAAAUAGUUACGCAGUGGAAAUUUUGUAGCAUCGCCUUAAUCGCCGCGAGGUCAAAGACUACUACAAAACUGUAUAACUUCAGUGUGGUAUUUCCAGUGAGAUGUUGGGGAAGAGUUUUGGUUGACAGAUUGACUCUUGCCGUCUCUUCGGACUUAUUGCGAAUGUGUAUUGAAACAUUUAUCGCUAUCCACGGGCGCACUGCUAUGCGCCACGACUUGGUACAUUUUAUUCGACACACAUCCUCUGAUCAUUACUGCGAAGGAACACUUUAGUUCUUCAAGCAGAAAUUCUCCGUAGCAGCCCGGAGUCAAGAAGUUAGCGGUGUUUCACCCUCGUGCCUCGGAAAGCACGUAAAGCGGUCGCUCCAGAGCCUGAUCUCUUUCCGGCCAUGUCGGUAUGCCGCCCGAUCGGACAAUGAGGAUCGCUAUUGAUGGCGUUACUGUGCAUCCGGGGCGACUGGUACCUAUAUAUCUGGCUCAUAUACUGCAAGAUCUAUUCGGCCAUUGUAUGGCUGGUGGGCAAUCACUGCCGUGGUGCUGAUAAGGGCCGCGCAGUGAUAACCGCCGCAGUCGGCGCACAGUCGUCUGGAGGCCUCCACAGAGUGCGUACGCGUCGCAAGAGAGUGCAGCAGCAUCGUGUUAAACAUACGUUCGCAUUAGUGAGGAGACCGUCUUUUAGGCGAAUUGUCAUGGCACCAGGAGCAAGCACCGCGCAUACAAUGAUGGAGGACAAGGAGAAAGCGCUACACGGAGCCUUGGUUACCGCUUCGCUUCGCUCGCGCCGCAUCAGCCAGUUCGCGCCAUUGCUUAUCGCUUUAGUUGGUUUGCCCGCGCGCGGGAAAAGCCAGCUAGCUCACCGUCUCUCUAGACAUCUCAAUUGGAAUGGAGAGAGCACUAAAGUGUUCGAUUGCAGCGAGUAUCGUCGCAAGCACAUGGCGCUUUAUGGUAGCCAUGACAUCUUCCGCGCGGACAACCAGCAGGGUUCCGCUAUCCGUCGUCAGAGCGCGCGCGAGGCCGUCCAGGACGCUGUAAUGUGGCUCAAGGACGGCAAUAGCGUUGCUAUUUUCGAUGGGACUAACAUUACUCGGGAACAACGUCGCGAGCUAAAUGAGUACUGCCUGUCCGACAUGGGCUUCAGGAUUCUGUUCAUUGAGUGCGUUUGUGAAGAUCAGGAACUGUUGGAGAGGAACAUUAUUGAGAUCCUCCAUUAUUCCGCGGACUACAAAGCUAUGACCGAGGAAGAAGCGGUGGACGAUCUGAGAAAGAAGUUAGAGCACUACAUGCGUCAAUACGAACCCAUCGAUAGUAACUUGGAAUCCAUUAGCUUCGUUCGAGUUGAGAACAUGGGUGAGACCGUCACAGCGCACAAAGUAGCCGGACAGAAGGAAUCUGGAAUACUCGGGUACUUGUCAGGAACGAGAGCGUUACCGCAGACACUAUAUUUCUCUCGGCACGGUGAAAGCGAAUACAACGUGGUGGGUCGCAUCGGCGGCGACGCGCCGCUGUCGGCGCGCGGGCAGCUGUACGCGCGCGCGCUCGCCGAGCACAUCAACGCGCUCGCCGACCGCGAGCCGCUCAGCGUCUGGACGUCGGAGCUGCGGCGCACCAAGCAGACUGCGGCCGACAUCCGCGCCCCCAAGCGAGCCGUGAGGGCGCUCAACGAACUUGACGCUGGCAUCUGUGAAGGCCUAACAUAUGAGGAGAUGCAGGAGCGGUUCCCGCAGGAGUUCGCGUGGCGCGAUCAGGACAAACUGCGCUACCGGUACCCUUGGGGCGAGUCGUACAUCGACAUCAUGACGCGCCUUCGUCCAGUUCUAUCCGCGUUGGAGGACGAGCAUAACGUGGUCGUGGUCGGUCAUCAAGCGGUGCUGCGUUGCAUGCUCGGAUAUUUCCUAGAUGCUAAGCUUGACGAACUGCCGUACAUGAAUGUGCCUCUGCAUACCAUUGUAAAGCUAACAUCGUAUGGGUAUAAGUACAAAGUGGAGAUGAUAAAGUUGCCCAUCGAUUGUGUUGACACGCACCGGAAACAGCCCAAGAACUGCUCAAUAAACAGAAGUACCGCAGAAGCCUUAGUGACGGUGCCAUCACAUUAUGACACUCUACCGUCGAAUUUGUGGCAGAAUCCAAAUGAGGCACAACUUUAGGCACAAACGACGCGUCCCAAAUGAUGGGGCGUCUGAGCCUUUAACAAUAUCAGCAUUACCGGGGCGACAGCCCUCGUGUGUGGAAGGCCACUAGGCCUCGUCUGGGUCAUGAAACAACCACAGACAUGGAAGUAAAGAGAUGAGUAACAGGAGCCACAUAGCGAUCUAUGGACUUAUUGUAGACUGUUCACGCCCACAGUGCACUACAGCGAGUUAUUAGUGUCAAAAUGUUAGUGAAACAAUCAAUUGCGAACAAAAUGAAUAGAAUGUUCGGGUACGAGUGUUAUCUUCCCAUAAUUACUUAUAAGACUGAAAUGAUUUUACUUUGUGGCAAUUUUUGCAGUUCGUUUAAUUUUAAUUUUACUGUUUGUUCUUAUGGUUAAUUAGUGCGUCGAGUGACGGAUAGUAACGUACCUAUUUUUUAAUGAAUAAUAUAUACGCUGCACGAGAGACCUGCUUGCAUGGUUCGUGUGCAAUUUUUUGUAUUCAUUUAUGUUUGUAUCAUUUCGUUUUGUAAGACGUCAUUCAUAUAUGCAUCUUUCAUAGAAUAUAAAUGAUAUACGUAUAUUUUCUCAUAUACACAUAUUUUUUUAUUGUAGGCAAUAAUUGUAAAUCUAAAUCUUAAGUAAAAAUUUAAUUUUAAAUUUAGAAUGUCGAAUACUAGUUUGAAAACAAUUAUAUAAUUUUCUUUUGUUUGCAUUGUCACUUAGAAAUCUUUUCGGGUUUUCAGAGCAAUGUUACUUACGAAUAAAAUCGUUUAAUUAGGCUUUUAUUUGUCAAUGUGGUUACGGUAGUUUACUUCUAAGUAUUGGACGGUGGAGUGUACUUAUGUCAAUUGUUUUAAUAUUAAAGUGUACUCCUAAUAAUAAUUACUCGUUAGACCCACUGCAGGGCGUAGUUUUAGUUCUAUAACUACAUAGGUUCAAAAUAAUAUUUUGGAGGAACAGAGGUCAUAUAGGGAAAUUAUAUUUGAGUCGACGUAUAUAUAGUUUCUAUAAAAGGAAUAUUGUUUUUUAAAUAAAUAUAACUUUCGUAU